AAAACUAGGAAUGGUAACUUUCUUCGCCUUUAAAUAUCCGGUAGUCCUCUGCUCCUUCUUCACAGAAACAUUACACUCUCUAGCAUAUUGAAGCACUUCCACUUUCUUCUUGCUCUUUUAGCCUUCCUUCACUCUACCCUUCAGCUUUCUUCUCGCUCUUAUAGCCUAUCUUUCGCUCACUAGAAAUUUUUUCUUUCACACCCUAGCAUUGAAGCAUUUGAAUCCCAGCCUAUUGCUCUCCUCUCGCUCUUUUAGCCUUCUUUUUUCUCUCACUACGCACUAACAAAUGGAUGAAGCAAUCCUCUCUAGCGUUGCUGGGUCCAUAAUGGAAAAUUUGGGCUCUGCUGCUUUUGAACAGGUUGGAUCGCUCUGGAAUGUUGAAGAUGACCUUGAACAAAUCAGGAAAACUGUUUCCACAAUCAAAGCUGUACUCCAGGAUGCAGCGGAGGAGCAGAACCACAAUAAUCAAGACACAGUCUGGCUCGAAAAGCUCAAGGAAGCAGUCUUUGAUGCAGAUGACUUGUUGGAUGAGUCUAAGUACUACACUGAAUUAGCUUUGCGCCAAAAAGAGACAAGUGGGAGUGUUACAGAAAAGGGUUAGGCAAGACCACACUAGCUCAGUGUGUAUUCAAUGAUGAUAAAGUUGAUAAACAUUUUGAGCUAAAAUUAUGGGCGUGUGUCUCAAAUGUCUUUGAGGUGACAACAUUUGCUGAAAAACUAGUAGAUGGUGGUAUUGAUGAACAAAGGCUAAAGAAACGUUGUAAGUUUAAUCCUGAAGUCCUCAUGGAUCAAGUCCACAACAAAAUUUAUCAAAAGAAAUUUUUAGUUGUGUUGGAUGAUCUUUGGAAUGAAAAUUGUAAAUAUUGGAAUGACUUUUUUAGCCUUUUAAUCAGUGGGGCAAAGGGAAGUAGGAUUGUAAUAACUACGCGUGACAAAUCAGUUGUAGAUAUUACACGUGCUGAUGCAACACAUUUUCUUGAAGGCCUCUCUAAAGACUAUUCUUGGUCUUUAUUUGAGAAAUUUGCAUUUGAAAAUAGUCAAGACACCAAAAACCCAACAGUAGUAGAUUAUGGAAGGGAGAUUGUAGGCAAAUGUCAAGGAGUACCCUUAGCCAUAAAGUCCAUUGGAAAUGUACUAUACUCUAAGAAACCAUACGAGUGGUCAAAGAUCAGAGAUAAGGUAGUAACAAAUGUAAUUGAACAAGGGGGUAGUACUUUUCCCAUUCUAAGGUUGAGUUAUGAUAAUCUUCCAUCUCAUUUGAAAGGUUGUUUUGCCUUUUGUUGUUUGUUUCCUAAAGAUUUUGAGAUUAAUAAGAUGACAGUGAUUCAACUCUGGAUGGCACAUGGGUUUAUCCAAUUAUCAAAUGAUACUCAGCAGGUAGAAGAUGUUGCAGAUAAAUAUUUCGAGUAUCUACUCUGUAAUUUUUUUGAGCAAGUACGGUCAUAUAGUGCUUUAAAAUAUAAGAUGCAUGAUUUAUAUCAUGAUCUUGCAGAAUUAAUUGCAGGGUCGGACUGUAGACUUGACAAUUUGGAUGGGAAAACUCGUCAUGUAUCAUUUUCUAGCUUUUCAUUUUUUGCUAAAGUUUUAAGUUUGGUUAAAGCAAGCAACAAGCUACGUACAAUUCUUUUCACACAUGGUAAGUAUGCAUCUGAUGCCAUGGAUGAGUCAACAUUGACUACACUAAUUGAGAGUUUCCCAAGGUUGCGUGCAUUAGAUUUACAUGCAUUGAAUAUUAAAAUAAUGCCAAAUUCCAUAGGGAAGUUAAUACAUUUGAGGUACUUAGAUCUUUCUUUUAAUCCUAUUGAAACUCUUCCUGAUUCUAUUACUACAUUGUUGAAUUUGCAAACACUAAAACUUCAAGAUUGUCGUAAUCUUGAACAAUUGCCCAGGGACAUCACAAAAUUGGUUAGUCUCAGGCACCUUGAUGAUAGGGGUUGUUUUAAGUUGAGAUUGCCUCAAGGAUUACGGAAACUGACUGGCCUUCAGUCAUUACCGUUAUUCAUUGUGAGGAAUAAUGGUGGACUAGGCGAAUUGAACGGGCUAAACAACCUCAGAGGAACACUUGAGAUCCAAAUUUUAGAACAAUUGGAAGAUGCUAACUCAGAUUGUGAGGUCAAAAGUUUAAGGGAAAAGCAACAUCUUGAGAAACUGAAAUUAACAUGGGCUCACCAAGAAGAACAUGAUGAGAUGUUAUUAGAUAGCCUUCAGCCACAUCCAAAUCUCAAAGUUUUGGAAGUGCGGGGUUACACUGGGGUGACAUUUUCAAGUUGGCUUUCUUCCAUCGAAAAUCAUCUUGUUGAAAUCAAUUUAAGUAGAUGUGACAGUUGCAACCACCUGCCACCAUUGUCUGAACUCCCAUUUCUAGAAAGCUUAUGGCUUGUUGAAAUGAAAGAUUUGGAAUGCAUAUCAGAUCGUGAUAUAAGUGAGGAAGUUUCUACUUUAUCCUUCUUCCCAUCGUUAAAAACUCUUUGGAUUUGGAGUUGCCCUAACUUAAAGGGAUGGUGGAGGAGCGCAUCAAUGACAGAUCAUCAACAACAUCAGCAUAACCGGUCACUGCCUUCAUUUCCUUGUCUUUCUUCUUUUUGGAUUAUUAAUUGUCCUAAUAUGACUUCCAUGCCCUUGUGUCCUUAUCUCGAAAAUGACCUAAGUCUAAGAAACGUUAGCUCAAAGCUUUUUCAAGAGACAAUACUUCCCUCUUCCUCCUCUUCUUCGUCCUCUCAUCUCUCCAAAUUAAAACAUAUGAGUAUAGGAAAUCUGCCAGAUGUUGUGUCUCUGCCAGAUGGGUUGGUAUCAAAUCUAAUUUCUCUCGAGAGUUUAUACAUUUACUCUUGCAAGGAGUUAAAUCUAGGAAGUGACGUGGACGGAAUGGAAUGGCGACAUCUCAAUCGCCUCAUUCAUCUGAGAUUCUACGGCCUUCCAAAACUGAAUUCCUUACCUGUAGGUCUUCAACACGUUACAACCCUGGAAACGCUCUAUAUUGAAAAUUGUGAGAAUCUGAAAACAUUGCCUCGGUGGAUUGGGAAUCUUAUCUCACUUAAACAGUUUACAAUUUACAACUGUCUCAAUCUGAAAUCACUGCCUGAUGAGAUGCGCGAUCUCUCGUCUUUACAAAAACUGGAGAUUUACGAUUGUCCUGAGUUACAGAGAAGAUGCGAAAAGGAAACCGGUCAGGAUUGGGACAAGAUCGCACAUAUCACUAAGGUUGAUAUUCGAUGAACCAUCUGUGGAAUAUGGUGGCAAUAUGCCUCGCUUGGAUACAUUUAGGAUUUUGGAUGGUGGAGUACGAAAGGGAGCAUUUGGAGUGUUGUAGGGAUCAUCUCUUUUAUGAUUACUCUUUUACAAGAAGAUUAUGGCAGCAAGUGUUGGAAGAGUACUUGGUUAAUCUGCAGCUUGUCUUUUGAAAUUCCUCUCCAUUUGUUCAGAUGCUAAGGCCCACUUGGUGUUCUUGUUAUUGUUGAAAUUGACUUUAGUGUGAUGUAAAUUUUUUGUAAUCUAAAAAUUGUGUUCUUCAAUGUUUUGGUAGUUUUUAGCAUUUGUUUUAGAGAAAAUUGUUGUAAACUCUUUAUUCAA